UAGGCCCAAAGCUUUGGAUUCAUGGGGUAAUUUUGUUUUCUUCAUGUCACUAUUCAAUAUGCUCUUUUCAUGUCACUGUUCAACGCCAGGAUCAUAGUUUUUCCGCCGCCGCCGCCGCCGCCGCCGCCGCCGCCGCCGCCGCGUAUUAGUCUCACUAUUUCUCUACUGCUACUUCUUAGUAUCCCUCUGUGAAGAAAUUCCACCUUCUCUCUCCUUCAUUCAUUGGUAUCCACUUUGCUUGCUCUGCCCUUCUUCUGCAAAUCAUUGAACCCAAUUUCAAUUGUAUCCCUUAAUUUCUGGUAAUUAUGGCUACAUAGAUAUCUUGAAAGAACCAGCAGCAGCAGCCGCGGCGGCCAUGGAGAAAAUAUCUGCUGCUUGUGCUAUGGAAUGGAGCAUUGAGCUUGACAAGGCCCUUCGCUCCAAACGACCUGGUCAAGCUGUCAAGGCCAUACAACAAAUCGGGGCAAGAAUACAGCAAUGGAGCACAGAACCCAAACCCACAAUGGCUGCAUACAAUAUAUUUGGUUUAGUUUUGGGUGAGGAUAGGCUUUUUGCUAAUACAAUCCUCUUACGCCUUGCCGAUGUUUUUAGAUUAGGGGAUAGAGAUGCACGGCGUUCUAUUGCAAUGGUUUUCUUGUCCGAGUUUAGACAAGGAAAGAAAGGUAGACCGUUGUAUAAAGGGAUUUUAUCGAAGGAUAGAGUACACAACCAGGUGGAACUUUUGAAAAGAGUUAAAUUUGUUUUUGAUACCGGAGAUGUUGAGUCGAGAGCUCUUGCUAUGGUUUUGUUUGGUUGUUUUGCUGAUUUUGCAAAAGAUAGUGCUCAUAUACGUUAUCUCAUACUUUCUAGUCUAGUCUCCUCUGAAGAAUCCGAGGUGAAGUCAUCUUUAUUUGCAGCAAGUUGCUUUUGUGAAUUGGCAGCUGACUUUGCAUCUGUUGUGUUGGAGAUGCUGCUAAAUAUCAUACUUUUACCGGAAGCAUCAUUGACCAUAAGAUUAGCUGGAGUGAAGGUUUUUGCAAAGAUGGGGUCUUCAUAUUCUAUUGCGAAUAAAGCUUACAAGAUAGGUCUGAAGCUGGUAUUAGACUCGUCAGAGGAGGAUUUCUUGGUUGCAAUGCUGGUUUCUCUCUCAAAACUUGCUAUCAAAUCAACCGUACUUCUUUCUGAACAGGUAGAUUUACUUUUGUCCUUUCUCGGUUCAGGGAGAACUUUGCGCCUGCAAGCAAUAGCAUUAAAGUGCCUCAACUUUAUAUUUGGGAAAGGAGUUCGUCAUUUGCCUGCUAGUUUACACGUUAUGCAAGCUUUACUGAGAACUAUAGAUGAAGUUGAACUUCCAUCAGCAAUGCAAUGCGAAGCUUUACAUUUAUUACAAAAGACACUGGUGUAUCGACUACAUGAGCUUCUCUGUGAUAACAUGCUUGAAUUUACCCAACUAUUCAAUGUUAUUGAGAAAGCAGCAAACUCACCUUUAAUGCCAACGCGACUCCUAGCAAUUCGUGUUCUGGUUGAUGUAUCAACAAAGCUGAGAGGAAAACUCCAAACAAUAGGAUCUGCUGAGGAUCAUUUUCUUUCUUUGCUAAAACGGAUUGUACCAAUAUUAAUGGAUCAGAUUAUCUUGCGGGUGAAGCCAUUAUUAAGUACUGGUCAAACUAAUUCCGAAGCAAUGCAAGAAUUCCAAAGCCUGCUCAAUCUUCUUCUUUGUCUGGUUCGAGAACGUCCAGAUGCGGGAGUCUUGGUUUUAAACAAAGUAAGAUCAUUUAUUGAAAAUGUUAUGGAUAAGACUGACAGCCUAGUGGCAACAAGGCAAGCAGGUGAUGAGCAUGUUGAUUUUCAGGGACAAAAUUGCAAUGGCAUUGGUUUGAUUCUAGCAUGUGGUGUUCAUAAAUUUUCUGCAAAUUGCAUUGAGAUUCUUAAUGAAGUUAGCACCAUCACUACUGAAAUACUUGAUGAAAUUCAAUCUUUGGUUGAGUGUAUGCAACAUUGCAAAUUAUUUGAUCACAAUAUACAUCUGAUGUGCCCUACACUGCUGCACUCUCACAUUAUUUGGAGUUGUGUGCUCAACAAAAAUGGGGAAUCUUGCAGUCUUGCUAGAAAUUCGGGUAAAUCACUUGGUAACGGUUUGGUUGGUCAUGAAAUUUUCUCCCUAGAGCAUGCAGAGAAAAUGAUGCAACAGACGAAUAACUGGCCUGCUUACAAAGCUGGGAUGUUUGCUUCAUUUCAGGGAGCAUGGAUCACAGCCUCAUUUGUCUUUAAACAACUAAUAGGUAAGGCUCAAUCUGAUUCCUGUUCUGGUUGGCUAAAAGGACUAUCUCAAUUUGCAUUAUCUGAGGUUAAAGUUCAGCUCUUUCUCUUACCAAAUCUCAGGUCCAGCCUAGUGGAUUGGCUACAGAUGAAAGAAUUAUGCACAACUUCUUUUGGGGCCAAUCUUGAUGAAAUUGCUGAAGGUGCUGCGGGGAAUAUUAAUGAAACUGAUUAUGCUAAAGUGCUUGUCAAGGCUUACCACGGUCUUUGUUUGUCAAGAGACAUAUUGAAAUCCAUUCCCGUGUUGAGCCAAUCAUGCUGUUUUCAAAGAUGGUUCUUGGCUCUUAGAGCAAAGGUUCUUAGAACAGUAAUCGAUACACUUGAAGUUUUGGGGACCAUUUCACAUAUCAAUGGCAAUAUUAGCAACAAUGGACAGGUUGAGAAAGGUGUUACUGUUAAGCGUGUUAACUCUUUGAGACAAAUUACGCAAAUAUCAUUUCAAUUUAAUAGUCUGGCGCAAGAAUAUGAUCUAAUGGCCUUGUCUUUCAUUGGCAUGGACAGAAGAAGUUCAAAAAUGCUUACAGCUCUUGCAUUAACUUGCUCACUACUGGCUUUCUCUACUGGUUUUGCUCUUUUAGUUUCUAACUUGCCUGAUAAUGGAAUUUUAACAUGUGAUCUGGAAUGCUCGAGGAAUUAUUUAGAAGGAAUGUUAAUACAGAGUUUAGUUGAGCGGUUGUGGUUUAUAGAUCAAGAGACCUGUUCACAGCUGUUUCUGCUUUCAAAGCUCAGAGGACAGGCCAAUGACUGUUUUCUACAUCCUAGAAAUCCAGUUCUAAAUUCUGGUGGUGAAAAAAUAGAUAUUCUGAAUGUCUGUAAAUAUGCUGUUUCUGGAAUUCUUGACUUGCAAAAUGAGACUAAGGGAGUACCUGAUGAAGAGAUUCUAUCGCACAUCACCCAGCAUGGUUCGGAGCUUGUGUUGAAGACCAUCACAAAGUGGAUGAAUGUUCCUUUUCGAAUCCCAAAAUAUUUUUUUAAGUUGAGGGAUUGUAUUGGAUCAGAGCUCUUAGCAUUUAGUGAAGACACAAAAAACACAGAUAAGAUAACUUUGUCUCGGGGCUCCCACUUGUCGUUAGAUCUUUGUCUUCAGUUGAGGAAUAUGCCAUCACAUCUCACAAUUCGGACGACAAAAUUAUAUUGCAUUCUCUGCUGCUCUAAUGCAUCUAAAUUCGUUGAGGAAACCAGAGGAGAAGUGCAAUUGAAUUAUGAGAAUCAGGAAAUAUCCGGUAUGAUUGCGUUGAACAAAAAGCUGUUCCAUUAUGUAACAAAGCGUGCAGAGAAGACUGAUAAUGGUAAAUGCAGUAAGGAUUAUGAUAAUGAUGGCGGGGAUAGGAAUGUGUACGGAUUCGUGAGUUUUGAGUUGAAUGAUAGAGGGCAAGGGUUUUCAAAUUGCCUGCUUGAUGUCUCCAAUUUUCCUGUAGGUUGUUAUAGAAUAAAGUGGCACAGCUGUUUAAUAGAUAAUCAAGGUUCUUAUUGGAGCCUCCUUCCUCUAAAUGCCGGACCUGUAUUUACUGUAACAGAAAUUCUCAGUUGAGGGCCAAUAUGGUGUAUUUAUUACAUGAAAAUUUGUCGAGUUA